AUGAAUACAGAAAUAGAGUUGGACAAAUAAAAUAACAUCAGCAGUCCUUUGAUAAACAAUAAAGAAAACUAAUAAAAGAGUGGUUAAAUUCCUAUUAGAAGUUCUUCAAUCUAUUAAAUAAAUUAGGAUUUGUUACGUUCUUAAAUAAACGAUCAACUUGAUAAAUCCCUUUCAGAAUUUUAAUCAAUAGAGGAGUUGAGAAAAGUGAUGCCCUUCGUUAAUUACGGUAAGGCAUUGAAUAUGCUUCUGAAGGCGACGCAGGAGGGAGAAGUUGAAGAAUUCUUAGUAAUUUUGGAUGAUUUGAAAAUUAGAAAGGAGAAAUUAAAAUUGGACGAGUUAUUGGAUCAGAAAAAGUAAACACUACUUCACAUCGCAUGCUUUAAGAAUUAGCCCGCAGUGGUGGAGAAAUUGUUGGAAACUGCGAAGCAAAAUUCUACAUAAAAUCAAUUUGAAGAAUGGAUAAAUAGAGUCAAUUAGGACCAAUUUGCAUCUGUUCAUUUUGCAGCCUAUGUGGGAUCUAUAUCAAUCUUGGAGAUGCUUAAGGAUGCUGGAGCAGAUCUAAACAUAAAAAAUUCUCAAGGUUAAAAUGCUUUGUCAGUAGCAGCUUAAGGUGAUUAAGUUUAAGCGAUGGUAUGGUUAUAUUUAUAAGGUCAAUCAAUAGUUGAGUAAGAUUCACAAGGAGGAACGCCUUUGCAUUGGGCAACGUAUUUUGAUAGUCUUUUUGCCCUCCAAUUUUUGUUGUCAUGGUUGUCCAAACUACCGAACUACAGCUAUUAUAUAAAUUUGAAGGAUGGAGAAGGUAUGACCCCUUUGCACUUGGCUGCUGUGACUGGGAACUGUAGAAUUGCGAAGAAAUUACUACAAAAGGGAGCUAAUAAAAGUAUAAGAGAUAUUAAGAACUAAACUCCUGCUGAAGCUGCUUUUGAAAAUCAAUAAAAUGGAGUUUUUGAGAUUUUGAUGUCAAAUAAUUGCUUAUUAGAAUUCCUGAAUAUAAAGCCAAGCAUCAAACCUCCCUCUGUAAGUUGGACUUAAAUCAUAGCUUUUUUCAUAAUCUACUUUUAUUGUAUGAUAGGGACUAUUUUAUUUGUGUAUCCAUUUUAUUUCAAACACGAAUGGCUUUAGAUUUUGUCAGUCUUUUCCUUUUUGUUGGGUAUAAUACUGUACUUCUUGACCAUGUUCUUGCAUCCUGGUUUUAUUGAGAAAUCCACAGAUUAAUAGCAGUUGUUUAAAUUAUUGAAUGAUAAUGAACCUUGGGAAGUGUGUUAAGAAUGUCUAAUAAAGAAACCAGAGAGAUCUAGACAUUGUGAAUUUUGCAAAAGGUGUAUCGUAGUAUAUGAUCAUCAUUGUCCUUGGGUGAACAAUUGUAUUGGAGCAAAAAACUACUUUAUUUACUUUUCCUUUAUUUCUAUAAUUUGGAUAAAUUUGAUUCAUAUUUUAAUACUAAAUAGUGCGUUUAUUGGCCAGGAAUACAGUGAUGGCAAUCCGAUUUAUAGUUGGUUCAAUAAUAUGAUAGAGUCUCAGUCGAAUACUUUAUUUAUAACCAAGAUAGUUGUUUAAUCAAUAAUAAUAUUUUUAAGUGUUUUGUUCAUAAUAGCAGUGUCUCAUUUACUUUAUGGAUAAAUCAUAACAUUAUUUACAAACAGGACUACAUUUGAGAAGUACAAGCAAGCUGAAAACUUAUAAUCCAACAAUGGGAAGUCAAAAAGUUAGAAACAAUUAUCAUAACAAUCAAUUAAAGCUGAAGAUCCGAAGAUAUAAUGUUCUUGUGCUAAUUGUAUAUUGAUGUGUUGUGGAAAUGCUAAUAACCCUGCGUUUUAGUGA